AUGUUACCUGAAGGCUUCAAGGUGAUCAAUCUCGACAACCAUGAUAAUUCCGAAAUACAACGAUCUGUCCUAGAUCGUACUGAAAGAGAAUAUGAUCGAGUCCUUAGCUAUUUUGAUAUGUUUGUCACAAACCACCCAGGUGCUGUCUCACCGCCAGAUAUCCGAACUUACAAAGGGUUUAUGGAAUUCUUGGCGAUGAACCUGAAAGGCCGUCUUAGUGAAGACAAAACGCCAGUUCUGAGUACUCUUGAAGGCAAGAGAAGAGAUUUAGACGCCGGCCUUGCUCGGCGGCGGAAUUACAAUGUUCCAGAGCAUGUCAGUACGACAAUCAGGGAGUGGCUUAAGAAGGACCUGAACCGGUUGAUACACAUCCCUGAUAUUCAAAUGUCCAGAGACGGGUUCUCUCGAAACGAUCUUAGAAUCGUCAAGAAGCACCUUUGGUGCCAGGACGCCUAUGAAUAUCGUGGAAAAUAUCCGGAAAGGACUAGAGUGGAACUCAGUGCGUCAAUGCUCUUAUACUGCUUUACGUCAGCUAGAACAGGUGAGGUGCACGAGUCUACAGCUCGUCGGAGUCUGGCCCGCGAACGUGGGGAUCAAGACGCUGAGAAGAACCUACGCGCGGCUGUGAUGGCAGCGUGCUACAAACAUUUUCGACUCUGUAUUGAGUGGGUUGAGGGCGAAGUCAUGCUUGUCCUGAACUACAGCCGAGACUACCUCAAGGGGUACUGGAGGAAGCAAGAAUCGGACCUCCCAAUACACGGCUUCUAUGAGAAAUAUACAGAGGAAAUGCCAAUUUUCCUUAACCUUCUGACAUUUUUCCUACCUUUAGCAUUUGCUGAUCGAGCCUUCCGUGACUAUGAAUCCGUAGACGACAUCCUGGACGAAGUGGAGUUGCUUAGCGGUACUCUUCAAGAGGGGGAGGAUAAAGUUAUCGACACAAUUCAUUUUAAAUCUGAUAUACUGGAGACGCCGGUAUUUCGCCCUCGAGAUGAGCAAGCUAUCAAAGCUUCUACCGGGAGGGCUAGAGGAGCAGACGCGUUUGGUAAAUUGUUUGCUGCACUUGGACACCGGGCCGGCUAUCCUGACAAUGUUACUGUCCGAGCUUGUCGUCGAUCGGCACUUAUGGAGGCUGCAGACAGGAACCACUCAGAGACAGCCCGCAUGAAGUUUGCCGGACAGACAAAAAGGGAUACUUUUGGAAGAUCAUAUGCUCACCGUGUUGUUGAGAUCGAUGGAGCCGCUUCAUUCCUUGGAAUUAAAAGCCGACGUGAUCAUAUUGAUAACCACCGCAGCAUGGGCGUACGCCGUAACCCUCAGCUCUACCAAUCUCUUCCAGCUAAAGCAGAACUCGAGUUCCAGGACCGUGUCGACAUCGUUCAGCUUGAUAUCAAAAUUCAAUCUCUCAAGAAACAGUUAGCAGGGUUAGACAAAGAAGAGGCUAAGCCUAUACAGCAGCAGCGGCGCCGUCUUGAGAACCAACGGCAGCGGCUUUAUCUAGACGAAUUAGCCUGUGUGCGGCGGGAUCAAACUCGUCAGCUGGGUUUCCAGCCUGGCAGUGUGGAGAGGACACUUUUUUACUAUACGCGAAAAGUCAUGCCGGAGCGUGACAUGCUGGCUGGGAUCCUCCCUACUAUGGUCGAACUACGCAGUCCCACCGGCCGUAUGGCGCUCCGCGCAUUGGAGGCUAUCUGCUCGCAGGAGGUUUCAAUUUGCUACCUUUCUAGCCUUACACCUAUUGAUGGGAAGUGCAUCUGUGGCGAGCUAAUUGAGAAAUACUACCCCCAUCGGCGAUGGUUACAUCUGUACCGUUGCUACGCUAAACGCCUUUCCGCUAUGAGUCCUAACAAUUUCGCGGAACUUUGUGUUGAGUGUGACUUUUGGUAUAAUGAUGACGGGAAGUGGACCCAGCACUGUGAAGAUCAUCUUAGUGAGAGUCAGAAAUUACUUCGUUGUGACCCGAUUAUGUUUCGCAAUGCCCCAGUCAAAGCCGGCCUCUGUCCAUUCUGCCUGGGAGACGAGAUUUUAGGUCCUUGCAAACGGAUGACACAGUAUCUUGAUCGCAGUGAUUGGUACAAGCAUGUUCAGUCCCAUCUCAGUUACCGGGCGCUGUCAGGAAGAUUUCAUUGCCGCCACCCUGCCUGUCAGGAAGACUUUCACAACUUGGCGGACUUGGAAUGCCAUCUCCGGGAUGUGCACUUCUACAACCCUCCGCGCGGAAAAAAACGAGUUAUGCGUCCAGCAGACUGA